AUGGGCAGGCCAGAUAUAAAGAUGGUUGAGGGCACCGAGUUGGGCAUGUCGCCCGUCGAUAUCGCGAAGACCAAGCCGGCGGACUCGGUUAUCGACCCUCUGGUCGGAUCGAGGGUUAGCAUUGGCGGCAGCAGCAUAAUCAGCAGUAGCGGCGGCGGUAGCAACCACGGCAGCAUUGACGAGAAUUGCCAGGGUUGCAGGAAAAUUGAAAUGGAGGAGAAGCAAAAAGAACAGGCAAGACGACUAUCGGAGGAUGAGGGCGUCGGGCUGGAUCUUGACGAGGCCAGUUUAAAGUCCGGUAAGAUGGUUUCGUCUCAUUGUAAGGUCCUUCCCUCCCUCCUUUCCUUCGCUCCUCACUCUUACUCAACCUCGAUUUCGGUAUAUGGCGGGACCAAGUGGUAG